AUGUCUGCUAACUGCAUUCCGCAUAGUGAUUCCAAAAUCACUUCAACAUCCUGUUCUUUCAGCACUACACAAAGCUCAUCCAGGCCAAACGAGGAUGAAAAUGUUUGCAAGAAGCUUUGUCUAAUGGCCUCCAAUGGAUUCCGACAUCGAAAACUCGUCCGGACCUGCCCAAGAUGUGCAUCCGUGGCAAAGGAUCCGAUCAAAGGUGAACUACAGUCAUGGCCGAAACCACAAUCGCCGUUGACUCGAGUUCAUGCUGAUUUCGCUGCACUAAUGGAAGAACUAUACUAUCUACUUAUCGUGGGCGGCUACUCCAAGGGCCGGAGACCGCUCAAAUGUCAUCGAUCUCCUCAACGGCUACUACCCAAGCAAUGA